CAGCGGCCUUUCCUGACCCGCACCCCACCCGCCGCGCCCUGCUCCCGGUCAGCCCAGCUACGCCAGCCCGGGGAUUGAGGCCUGCAGCUGUAGAUCCGGCUGUGACCUCGGCCGGGUGUCUGGAUGCAUUCAGUUAUAUUAUAAGCGGAGACCGGGAGGCGGGAAACCGGAUCCGCGAACUACAACCAACACGAACCAAGCGCAGCGACCGCCAUGAAACCUUGAGCGCAUGC